UUAUUAUUUUAUUUUAUUUUUUUUUGUAAUUAAAUUCCAUCUGGCCUUCCGUUUGUGAAAUGUAUAUUUUGUGUUCCGUUUGUGUGAGUGGUGAACAAUAUAAUUUGAAUCAAUUUCAAAUGUCAUUGAAUGUGGGCACAACUUCACAUCAAUUAGUUUAUCAAUAUAAAAAGUCAUCAUUGUUUCUGCGCAACUUACGAAUUGAAUGAACAGCAACGAAAAUGGAAGCACCAAGUACAGAUACAAAAACUGUUAAACGACGAGCACUUCAUAACAUCAAUACCAUACGAAAACGAUGCAAAUUUAACAAUGACAAUGAUAAAAGUCAAUCAACAUUCAUAUCUGAGCUGAACGAAUAUUGCAUCGAAGAAAUAUUCAAAUGGCUAUCACUGGAUGAUUUAAAUUCAAUUGGAAAAACGUGCAAACGACUACAACAACUUGCCGGACAACACUUUCAACGCAAUUAUCCAAGAAGUUUUGUCAAAAUUUGGCACGGUUAUCCAUUCAUGAUGGGACAAAAUGUUGAUGGUCUCUCCGAAUUCAUCCAAAGCAUAACCAUUGUCGGUUGGUAUCGAAAGUUUCCAAAACAAGAGUACACCAUCGUUGAUGAACAAACGGAAACGGAACAAUAUCACUACAUUAAGUCAAAACUCGACCGGUCUCUCAAGCAAAUCAAAUUCGAUGGAUGCAGAUUAACAAAAUGUAAAGUAAAUGAAAUCAUCCCAUUAUUAAACGGUGUUAAAGUAAUACAAAUGGUUGAAUGCACUGUUGUUGACGAUUUGUACGACUGUUUGUUGAAACAUUGUGUGAAUUUGGAGCGUUUGUUAAUUGGCUCAACUAGAUUUUUGUCAAAAUGCGAUUGGCUGCGCCGAAAGUAUCCAAAACUUGUGCAUUUUCAAUUGAUCGAAGAAAAACCUUUCACCAUUAAACAAGAAGAACUGUUGACAUUUCUCCAGCUAAAUCCAAAUAUUCGGAGCUUCGUAGCGCAUUGCUGGGAUCUCGAAAAAUGUAUCGAUUACUUGAUUGAAUCAAAAGUCCAGCUCGAUGAACUCACCAUUAAAAACUAUAACCUGAUGCCAACAGAUAUUCUGAACACACUCCAUGACAGCGGUUUCUACAAACGAAUAAAUAUUUUCACUACCUCCGAUUUGAAUAAGGCAACUAUUGCGGUGAAUGGCGUUGGAAUGUUAAAGGCGUCUAUCAUUUUAGAACCUGGUUCAGACUAUUCUUAUCUAGCCAAUGUCAAAGAAUUAUGGCCAAGUUGGACAGCGAGGAUGAUUAUGCGAUGCGCUAUUAAUUUUAAUUUUAAUAUUAAUAUUAUUAUAGAUACCAAUAAUAAUGAGAAUGUGAUCUAUCAAACUGAAUUGGUCCAUGUAGCAAAAUGUAUGAUUAAUCUUGAACGUAUUUGGCUGAAAUAUCUUAAAUUAAUAAAUUCAUGUGAUAUUUUGCCGUUUAUAAAAUAUUCGCCAAAAUUGAAGGAAAUUUAUAUCGUCGAUGGUUACAAUUACCAUGAAAAUCUUUUAGACCUGUCAACAUGGAAUAAAGAGCGUCAGAAAUUAGGUGGAGCGUGCAAGAUCACGAUCUUAAUAGAUGAUGAUUGUUAUUUUAAAACAAAAUUGAGCAGCAAUUCAAUAGAUCUCAGCUUGAUCACAUUGAAACGACAAGAAACUUAUCCGCUUACACAUAUUGAUCCAUUGUGUUUCUGGUAAAUCGUUCAAAAUCAAUUUAUGCAGAAAAAAAAUACUCAUUCAAUACAAAAACACAGGAUUUUCACAACAAUUUAAGAUUAUUAACGAAAACAACUAAAUUAACA